AUGGUCUCAUUCUCUUUAGUGUUUGCCCUGUCUUCCCAAUGCCCUCCUCUCCACUGCCCGACUUUUCUUAUAAAAAUAACAUACAUUAACGUUUGAAAGUGGCCGUGGGCAAAAUCAAACGAUACUGUAUCAACGUACCAUAUGGAGUAGAAAAAAAAAUACUGAGCAAAAGGAGCGACGAGACAGAGCUUACAUACUCCCUUCCACUCUGUAAAUUUCUUACUGUGACUUCAGCCUACAAUCUACCAAGCUACAGCAACAAGGAUGUCUCAGCUCCAGUUUCAGUGUCCAGCUAGUCCCAUGCCUGCUGCUUCUGCCCCGCUGCAGUUGGGGCAGCCACAGCCCGGCUACAGCAUCCCCUGUCCCUCAGGCACUCAUCCGUCGGAGAGCGCCAGCCAGCCCAUCAGGAGCUCCGCUCUCCCUGCAGGCUCAGCCACUCCCUACAGUACCACCACAGUAUCUAACAUGGCAAACCCUAAAGAGAAGACCCCCAUGUGUUUGGUGAAUGAGUUAGCCCGUUUCAACAAGAUCCAACCCGAGUAUAAGCUGCUUUGUGAGCAAGGACCAGCUCAUUCAAAGAUUUUCUCCGUGAGACUCACACUGGGAGAUCAGCACUGGGAGGCAGAAGGGACCAGUAUUAAGAAAGCCCAGCAUUCAGCUGCUGCAUCUGCUCUCGCUGAGACUACACUUCCCAAACCGACCUUGAGGACUCCCCGCAACACAGGCAAGCCCCCAGUAGAUGGCAUUACACAUACUAUGGAGUUGAAUGCACUAUGUAUGAAGCUUGGGAAAAAGCCGAUGUAUAAACCCAUUGAUUCAUACCCGGGCAUGAGACCACCACCAAACUUCAACUACAAUGUCCGGACUCCAGGGCCGUACCAGCGCUCUAUGCAACAGUAUUACUACCCAUUUCCACCUGUGGGACCAAUGUUAUACCACAUGGAGCUUAACAUAGGAGGCCAGCAGUUUUUUGGGAAGGGACGCACGCGGCAAUUGGCCAAACACGACGCUGCUGCCAAGGCCAUGAAAGUGAUGCAGAAGGAGCCAAUACUGCAACAGUUGCCAGCGAUGAACGGAGAGCCCGAGGAGGAAAACCUAAACAAAUCAGAAAUCAGUCAAGUGUUUGAAAUUGCACUUAAACGCAACUUGCCUGUCAACUUUGAGGUUUUAAAGGAAGAGGGCCCGCCCCAUAUGAAGAGUUUUGUAGUGCGCGUUACGGUCGGGGAGUUCACAGGAGAGGGCGAGGGUAAAAGUAAAAAGAUUGCAAAGAAGCUGGCAGCAGCAGCGGUGCUAGGGGAAUUGAAGAGGCUACCCCAUAUACCUAGUGUGGAAAAGACGCUGCCACGCAUCAAAAAGAAAACCAAAUCCAUCAUCAAGCUGCAGACCAGCCCAGAAUAUGGCCAGGGAAUGAAUCCCAUUAGCCGCCUGGCUCAGAUCCAGCAGGCUAAGAAGGAGAAAGAGCCUGAGUACAGCAUGGUGACAGAGCGAGGGCUACCACGGCGCAGGGAGUUCGUCAUGCAGGUGACGGUGUGUGGCCAGUCUGCAGAGGGAAUGGGGCCUAGCAAGAAGGUGGCCAAGAGGAACGCAGCAGAGAAAAUGCUGGAACUCUUGGGAUACAAAGUGCCUCAGCCUCAGCCCCCGAAACCGGCCCUCAAAACUGAUGAGAAGACCCCAGUGAAGAAACCUGGUGAUGGGCGCAAAGUGACCUUCUUUGAACCUGGCUCAGUAGAGGAGGUGUCACUGGGCUCCAAGGAUGAGGAAUUCCGCCUACCUUACCCAAGCCUCCAGCAGCUUCCUGCAGGUAUCCUGCCCAUGGUCCCUGAGGUGGCUCAAGCAGUCGGAGCCCUCCAGGGAUCCCAGGCCAAGGACUACAGUCGAGCCAUUCCCAACCCAGGCAAGGCCACAAUCUCUGCCAUAAUUGCCAAUGAGCUGCUCUACGCGGGAACAUCUAUGACUGCUGAGACUAUCCUGAAAAACAAAAACAACCUGAACCAACUGCCCCACGGACCCCUGACAAGACCCUCAGAACAGCUCAGCUAUCUUGCCUCUGUGCAGGGCCUACAGGUAGAAUACAAGGAUUUUCCCAAAAACAAUAAGAAUGAGUUUGUGUCACUGAUAAACUGCUCCUCCCAGCCACCACUCAUCAGUCAUGGGAUCGGUAAAGAUGUAGAAUCCUGUCAUGAUAUGGCUGCACUGAAUAUAUUGAAGCUGCUCUCCGAGUUUGACCAGCAGUCAAACGAAAGGACAGGAAAUGGGCCAGUCUCUGGGUGCGGCAAACAGGAAAUGGAAGGUGACUUGCACCUCAAACAGGCUAACUCAAGCACAUUGGCACAGACCUUGGAUGGCACUGUUUAGAAUAUCAAGUUUGGUUGUCUGUAAAAGCACUAGAGAAAACUCAGACACUGUGUUCUUAGUUAGAUUUACAGGACUACAGGACGCGUCCAGCGCUGUAGGCUCUAACCCACCACUGUUCAUAAUUGUUCAUUGUUACAAAAUGUCCACAGUUAAACAAGAUUGGUUGGAAACAUAGCUCCUACUCUUUGAUGUUGUUUAAUUGUACACAUUAUUUAUUUUUCUGUUGCUCUUUAGAAAAAGUAGCUGCAUCCCAGUCAACGAGUGAAGGGGGUUUACUCGGUUAAAAAAAAAAAAAAAAAAAUUGAAGUAACUAACUGUGAAGGUUUUUUUUUUGUUUUGAGUAGAACUCGUUUCCUCUUUGCGAGACCCGUUAAUUCUUGUUUUUAAGUGUUUUAUGUUUUAUCCCCCGCUGAGGUAGUUCAUUACAGAACGGUCUUGUUAAGGUUCAGACCUCAUCGUUGUCUAGGCUGCAGCUGGUGAACCUCUGUUGAUUUUCCUAGAGUGCUUUAUAUCAACAACCACAAGUGAAGUGUUAUUAACAUUACCAUGUAGGGCUGGGAGGAAUUUGUGGUUCAAUGUAGCGUGUGACGUACCGUGAUGUUGCCCCUGCUGUGUGUGACAGAGGAUGUGUCCCCGUUGCAUCGGUUUCACUGACUCCCUUCCUUUCCUCCCUUAUGUCAACCUCCCUUCUUUCUCCGCUCCCCAUGGUAAUUAAACUGAUGUGCUUACAUGCACAAAACGAA